GUUCACAGCUCACCUUGCUUUGUACUUUACUGCAUAUCCUAGACUCAGCUCCUCUCACUCUUUUCGCUUUCUUCAGAUGUUUUUAUCGCAUAUAUACAGAUACAUUGGUGUCUUGCAGAAUUAGACUCUGCAUUGUAUUUGCUCCCUUGGUUCCCGCAUUUCACAUCUCGCGCUCGACUCCUCCCUUGGUCCAAGCUGCCACCCUUUCCGCCUACUCAUGCCAAUCAUUUCCCUUCCCAAUGAAUGAGGGUUUUCGCAUAUGAUUGCUAUCAGCAACACCUGAGACGACUCAAUUGCACUUGAGCAUGGCAACAGUCACCAAAACUACCGCCACAAUGCAUACUGGGCGAUCAAAUAAAGGCCACCGGCGCAAUAAAUCCGGGCCUCGCGCCAACGGAAGCUCGGGCCGGAUGCUGAACGAUUCGGCCAUGACUUCAGCUCGACAAAAUUCAACUCAGACGAAUAAGAAAUAUAGACAUUUCGCGGCAGUUCACUCAAAGCUAAAAACAUCAUGUCUAAGCGCCGACGCUGAGGCUUCUCCAAGUUUUCUGGGCUUUCGAAACCUCAUGGUCAUUGUGUUGGUUGUUUCAAACUUGCGCCUGAUGAUCGAGAACUUUAUGAAGUACGGUGUUUUGAUUUGCCUUCGAUGCCACGACUAUAGACGACAAGACCUUUUACUCGGCGCAAUUCUGUACGCUCUCGUGCCGUGCCACUUAUUCGUGGCCUAUAUCAUUGAACUGGUCGCUGCACACAAGGCCAAGGGCGCCAUUGGCCGAAGCAAGAAGACGGAGGAUACCAAUCAGAGUUCUGAGGCUCGACAAGAGUCAGAUCGCCGGGAAUUUCAAUCCGCUUGGAUCCUGAUUGCCUUUGCUCAUGGUCUCAACGCGUCGCUCUGCCUUUUAGGAACCACAGUGGUGGUCUACUACUACGUUCAUCAUCCUCUCAUUGGUACCAUCUGUGAGAUGCAUGCGAUCAUCGUCUGGCUAAAGAAUUGCUCCUAUGCGUUUACCAACCGUGAUUUGAGGCAUGCUAUGCUCCAUCCUCACCAAUCCUCUACUCUGCCAGAGAUAUACUCGGAAUGCCCGUAUCCGCGCAACAUUACCGUUCGCAAUUUGACAUAUUUCUGGUGGGCGCCUACGCUCGUCUAUCAACCAGUUUAUCCACGCACAGCGCGUAUCCGGUGGACAUUUGUCGUGAAACGCGUUUCCGAAAUGGCCGGUCUGAGUAUGUUCAUUUGGAUUGCUUCUGCGCAAUAUGCGGCACCAGUGCUUCGAAACUCGCUUGACAAGAUGGCGUCUUUGGACAUUACUUCCAUUCUCGAGCGAUUGAUGAAGCUGUCAACCAUCUCUUUGGUUAUUUGGUUAGCCGGAUUCUUUGCACUUUUCCAAUCGUUCUUAAACGCCCUUGCCGAGGUUAUGCGGUUUGGUGACCGCGAGUUCUACACUGAGUGGUGGAAUAGCCCGAGUGUAGGAACAUACUGGCGGACAUGGAAUCGUCCGGUUUACCAUUUUAUGAAGAGACACAUAUUUGUGCCGCUCAUGGGUCGUGGCUGGAAUGCGCAGGCGGCCAGCGCCAUUGUAUUCAUUUUCUCGGGGGUGUUGCACGAACUGCUCGUGGGCAUUCCAACCCAUAAUCUCAUUGGAGUUGCAUUUGUGGGGAUGAUCUUUCAGCUGCCUCUAAUUGCGGUCACGUUGCCGCUUGAGAGGAUGCAGGGAAAGAAUGGCAAGAUCAUUGGCAACGUCAUUUUCUGGGUCAGCUUCUGCCUUGUGGGACAGCCCCUCGCUGCACUCUUGUACUUUUUUGCAUGGCAGGCCAAGUAUGGAAGCGUCAGCCGACCGCAAGCUGUGCCUUCAUGACAUAUUCUCACAGCAAUUGGAAUGUCCUUUUCGUUUGCCAUGCGAUUACGUCGGUCUAUUAGGAGUGGGCCCACGCACUACAACAUUGCGAACAAGACUUUUGAUGAUUUGAGCAGCAUUGUGAGCGAAACGGAUCUGAUACGCUCCUCUUGGAAUCGACAGAAAAAUUGGUAAGUAUAAUAAUAACCAUGAACGCACAUAGUUUUAGAUAAGAUGCAUAUACGAAUGAAACGACUUUUUUGCGGGCAA